ACUCCGAUUUUUAAAACAUAACCGUCGAAUCGAAUUUUAUCACAACCCACGAUUCCGAUUACAGAGCUUCCAUAUCCAGCAACUGUCUCUAAGAAGCCAUGAUGGCGGCAGGAUUGGGAAAUCGGAUAGUAGCCAUGUUAAAGGUGCUAGAGCUGCUCGUGUUCAGCGUGGGAAGAUGCUUCGAGAGCAGAAAAGGGCUGCUGUUUUGAAGGAGAAGAGAGCAUCAGGAGGAUUAAACAGUGCUCCUCGUGUUAUCGUCUUGUUUCCCCUCUCGGCUUCUGUUGAAUUGAAUUCACUUGGUGAAGAUGUCUUAAAGUUACUAGCUUCUGAUGGUUCUGGUAUUGAUUCUUCAACGGUUGCAUCUUCCGAGUAUAAGCUAAGAGCAACUGUGUUAAAGGCGCCUCAUGGGGAUCUUUUGACAUGUAUGGAAAUGGCCAAGGUUGCUGAUUUGAUGGCUUUUGUUGCAUCUGCAAGCUCUCCAUGGGAAGAGAAUAAAUCUAACUUCAUAGAUUCUUUCGGAAGUCAGUGUCUUUCUGUGCUUAGAUCAAUUGGUCUACCAAGUACCACUGUGUUGAUCCGUGAUUUACCCAGUGAUUUGAAAAAGAAAAAUGAGAUGAAAAAGAUGUGUGCCUCUCAAAUUGCUUCUGAAUUCCCUGAGGAUUGUAAGUUUUAUCCAGCAGAUACCAGAGAUGAGUUGCAUAAGUUUAUGUGGUUAUUCAAGGCACAAAGGCUUACUGUACCUCACUGGCGAAGUCAACGGCCAUAUGUUGUGGCUCAGAAGGUUGGGAUGGUGGUGGAUGAUGAAAGCUCAGGAAAUUGCACUCUACUUCUCUCUGGUUACUUGCGUGCUCGCAAACUUUCUGUAAAUCAGCUGGUCCACGUUUCUGGCGUUGGCGAUUUUCAAUUCUCAAAAAUUGAAAUCUUGAAGGAUCCAUUUCCCUUGAAUGAAAGAAAAAAUCAGAAUACCAUGGAGUUGGAUGUUUCACAUGAUGAAGAGGUAUUGAAGUCUCUGGUUCCUGAUCCGAUAAAACAAGAGCCUUUAAUAGUUGAAAACACUCCAGAUCCUUUAGCAGGGGAACAGACAUGGCCAACAGAGGAAGAAAUGGCUGAGGCUGACAAAAAUCAGAAACAGGGGAAGCUAAAGAAGAGGAAUUUGCGGCGAAGGACUUCAGAAUAUCAGGCUGCUUGAAUUGUGGAUGA